AUUUUGUUCAAACUUCUUAAUUUACCAUUUUGCAUUUUCUACAUUAAUUCCUUUAUUACAACAAUUAUCCCGUCCAACUGCUUUCGUGGUUCCAUGUGUUGCAUUACUCGAAAGCUAUCGUGGGAAAUUUCCAAACGCUAUUUCUGAAUUACGAAAUUUAUUUCGCCAAGGUAUUGUUUAUAUAACUGUUCCAUAUUUAGGCUACGGUCCAACUAAAACAAACAUUUUUCUUGCACAUCAAUUGUACACUUUGUUAUUUUAUUAUGAGGUUUGUUAUGAAUCUCAAUGGGAUAUAGAUUUUUUGUACUGA